AUGGAGGCUGCCCGCGCGGUGCGCUUCCUGCUCGUGGUGUGCGGCUGCCUCGCGCUCCCGCCGCGGGCCCAGCCCGUGUGCCCGGAGCGCUGCGACUGCCAGCACCCCCAGCACCUCCUAUGCACCAACAGGGGGCUCCGCGCCGUGCCCAAGACCAGCUCGCUACCGAGCCCCCAGGACGUGCUCACCUACAGCCUCGGCGGCAACUUCAUAACCAACAUCACGGCCUUCGACUUCCACCGUCUGGGGCAGCUCAGACGGCUGGACCUGCAGUACAACCAGAUCCGCUCUCUGCACCCCAAGACCUUUGAGAAGCUCUCCCGGCUGGAGGAGCUCUACCUGGGGAACAAUCUCCUGCAGGCGCUCGUCCCGGGCACGCUGGCCCCGCUGCGCAAGCUGCGCAUCCUCUACGCCAACGGGAACGAGAUCGGCCGCCUGAGCCGCGGCUCCUUCGAGGGCCUGGAGAGUCUGGUCAAACUGCGGCUGGACGGGAACGCCCUGGGGGCGCUGCCGGACGCGGUCUUCGCCCCCUUGGGCAACUUGCUCUACCUACAUCUGGAGUCCAACCGGAUCCGCUUUCUGGGCAAGAACGCCUUUGCCCAGUUGGGCAAAUUGCGCUUCCUUAACCUCUCUGCCAACGAGCUGCAGCCCUCCCUACGCCACGCGGCCACCUUCGCCCCGCUGCGCUCCCUCUCCACCCUCAUCCUCUCGGCCAACAGCCUCCAGCACCUCGGGCCGCGCGUCUUCCAGCACCUGCCGCGUCUUGGCCUCCUCUCACUCAGGGGCAACCAGCUCACUCACCUCGCACCGGAGGCCUUUUGGGGGUUGGAGGCCCUGCGCGAGCUGCGCCUGGAGGGGAAUCGGCUGAGCCAGCUGCCCGUGGCGCUGCUGGAGCCUCUGCACAGCCUGGAGGCGCUGGACCUUAGCGGGAACGCGCUGUCCGCUCUGCACCCCACUGUCUUUGGCCACCUGGGCCGGCUGCGCGAGCUCAGCCUCCGCGACAACGCGCUCAGCGCCCUCUCCGGGGACAUCUUCGCCGCCAGCCCGGCCCUCUACCGGCUGGACCUAGAUGGCAAUGGCUGGACCUGCGACUGCCGUCUGCGGGGCCUGAAGCGCUGGAUGGGCGACUGGCACUCGCAAGGCCGUCUUCUCACGGUCUUCGUGCAGUGUCGCCACCCCCCGGCCUUGCGGGGCAAGUACCUGGAUUACCUGGAUGACCAGCAGCUGCAGAACGGGGCUUGUGCAGACCCCUCGGCCUCAGGUUCCCCGACCGCCGAAGGUCAGGGGAGGCCCUUGCCCACAGCCAGCGGGGAGGAGGUGGCACCCCCUGCAGGCGGCCUCUCGGAGGAGCUGCCACCGCAGCCGCAGUCACAGCCGCAGCAGCGCGAGCGAUUUCUGCCCGGGGUGCCUUGGGAUGCGGCCGCCAGGGAGCUCUUGGGCAACCGCAGCGCUCUGAGGCUGAGCCGACGGGGCCCGGGCCUCCAGCAGCCGGACCCCUCCGCCGCUGCUGCCGAGGGCCCGGCGCCACACCCCCUGGACCUGCUCCAGAAGCCAGAGCGGGGACCUCAGACUCCGGCAGACGCCGCCCACGCGGAGCCCACCCCGACGGCCGCGCCCGCCUCUGCGCCGCCGCCCGCUGGCGAUCCCUGGCAGCUUGCGGCGGCGAAGCAGCGCCUGGCCGCGCAGCAGCAGGAAAGCGCCGCCCAGUCCGACGGCGGGGUCGGCCUGCCGCCGCUGGUGUCCGACCCUUGCGACUUCAACAAGUUCAUCCUGUGCAACCUGACGGUGGAGGCGGUGGACGCCGACAGCGCCUCGGUGCGCUGGGCGGUGCGCCAGUACCGAAGCCCCCCACCGCUGGGCGGCGCGCGCUUCCGCCUGCUCUUCGACCGCUUUGGCCAGCAGCCCAAGUUCCACCGCUUCGUCUACCUGCCGGAGCGCAGCGACUCGGCCACGCUGCGCGAGCUGCGCGGAGACACCCCCUACCUGGUGUGCGUGGAGGGCGUCCUCGGGGGCCGCGUCUGCCCGGUGGCCCCCCGUGACCACUGCGCCGGGCUGGUCACCCUCCCGGAGCCUGGGAGCCGGAGCAGCGUCGAUUACCAGCUGCUGACCUUGGUCUUGCUGGCCGUCAACGCGCUGCUGGUGUUUCUGGCGCUGGCGGCCUGGGCGUCCCGCUGGCUGCGGAGGAAGCUGCGGGCUAGGCGGAAGGGUGGGGCCCCUGUGCAUGUUCGACACAUGUAUUCCACCCGACGUCCCCUGCGCUCCAUGGGCACCGGCGUGUCUGCGGACUUCUCUGGCUUCCAGUCACACCGGCCACGCACCACUGUGUGUGCUCUCAGCGAGGCGGACCUCAUCGAGUUCCCCUGCGACCGCUUCAUGGACAGCGGGGGCGGCGGUACAGGUGGCAGCUUGAGGCGGGAGGACCAUCUUCUGCAGCGGUUUGCUGACUAG